AUGGCCAAAGACUGUGAGCGAGGGACCCAGGACCUGCUGGCUACCCUGGGGGCCUUAGGCUACCGGGCAUCCAUGAAGAAGGCUCAGAUAUGCAGGGAGAGGACGGACCUGACUGACCGGCCCCUCCCCGAUGUCGAGGCUACUUGGUUCACUGAUGGCAGUAGCUUUGUGCGAGACGGACACAGGUAUGCGGGUGCAGUGGUGGUCACCGAAACAGACACCAUAUGGGCAGAGGCUCUACCCUCCGGAACGUCAGCCCAGCGAGCAGAGCUCAUAGCCCUCACCAAGGCGCUGAUGCUGGGAGCUAGAAAACGGCUUAACAUCUACACAGACAGACGUUAUGCAUUUGCCGCAGCUCAUAUUCAUGGGGCAAUUUAUCAGGAGAGGGGGUUACUGAUGGCAGAAGGACGGACUAUAAAAAAUAAGCAGGAGAUACUUAACCUGCUUAUGGCCUUAUGGCUUCCUGCCAAGCUAGCCAUUAUCCACUGCCAAGGGCACCAAAAAGCUGAUAACCCAGUAGCUAGAGGUAAUCGAAAGGCUGACCAGGCAGCCAAGGCAGUAACACAGGAAUUAGCCAAGGCGGUGGGGGCAAACUGGAAAUUACAUUGUGCUUAUAGGCCCCAGAGCUCAGGACAGGUAGAAAGAAUGAAUAGAACCCUAAAAGAGACCCUUACCAAAUUAACCAUGGAGACUGGCGGGAACUGGGUGACUCUCCUACCGUACGCCCUUUACCGGGUUGGAAACACUCCUUACACUCUGGGUUUUACUCCCUACGAGAUCAUGUUUGGCAGGUCACCCCCUAUUAUUCCCAGCCUUCGAGCUGAACUUAUUGCUGAGUUUAAAGAUCAAGAACUUUUUCUUUCCUUGAGAGGGCUCCAGAGGGCACACGAGGACAUUUGGCCGCGCCUCCAUGCCAUCUACGAGGCUGGCCCGACCCCGACGCCUCAUCAGUACAGGCUGGGAGACUGGGUCUACGUCAAGAGGCACGACCGAGAGACCCUCGAGCCGCGCUGGAAGGGACCCUACAUCGUGGUGCUGACAACCCCCACCGCUCUCAAAGUAGACGGCAUCGCGACCUGGGUCCAUCACACCCACGUUCGGCCAGCGGACCCCUCCUCGAUCCGGAAGGACUUCGUCAGGUGAUGGGCCAUCAGUCGGGACCAACACAACCCGCUCAAGCUCAAGCUACAGCACAUUUGACCCACCUAAUAUUGGUAACUCUGUUAACUCUGCUUGUCAUUGCUCAUGCUGCUGGGAGUU